AUGGACGAAUCAAGACCAUCGGAUUUACCCAGCGCUAAGGGCGACGAUGCUCAAACAGAUAGCGAGGCCGCCUUUACUCCCGACCCGACCGACACCCAAUCCGCCCCAAGCGGCUCUCCCCCAGACCACGAUGGCCUCCAUACCCCGACCCUCGGCCCCGUCAACUCGGGAAGCCCCAAGCUGUCGAGACACCCGUCCUUCUCCGGCAGCAGUUCCUAUCAAGAAGACUGGGACGUCUUCCCGCCCCUCGAUCGCAUCUCUGUUCUCGAUCUCCUAGACAACUUUGCUCUCCCGCAGCAGCUCGAGAAGCUGCAAAAGGGCUUCUCUGCUCAGACGCAGAAAGUCCGCAAAUCUAGGGAUGCAUUUAAGAACAAAAGCCAGCACGCCCGGGAGCGGAUGGUGGACGAGUGGCGUCGACGCGUUCCUACCGCCGACGAGCAACUAGAGAGAUAUAGGAAGCGGAUGCGCACCAGCGUCGACAAGCUGGGGAAGCAAUGGAACGACACUAGGGUGGUGACGCUACGCGAAAAGGUGUCGUUCAUCUUUGGCGUCAUGAACAUCUUCGUCAGCGGCCUUCUCAUGGGCGGGUGGCCUGAGUAUUUCCACUUGUGGUACACGGUCCAAGUGCUGUACUUCAUGCCCAUUCGAUCUUUCACCUACCAUCGCCGAGGUUACCACUACUUCCUCGCCGAUCUCUGCUACUUCGUCAACUUGCUCUUAGUUCUCAGCAUCUGGAUCUUCCCCGGCUCGAAACGACUUUUCCUAGCUACCUACUGCCUUGCAUUUGGCAACAACGCUGUUGCAAUCAUCAUGUGGAGAAACUCGCUCGUCUUCCACAGUUUCGACAAAGUCACUUCAUUAUUCAUUCACAUCAUGCCUUGCGCAACGCUUCAUUGCAUAGUCCACCUGUGGCCUGCGGAGCUCCAAGCUAAUCGUCUGCCUGCCAUAUGGGCUCUACAGCACUCACCUGCUGGCUCGCCUAGAGGUUACGGAAACAUCAUCUCUAUGCUCGCUUGGAGCUCCGUUCCCUAUGCUAUCUGGCAGCUGUCCUACUACUUCUUCAUUACUGUUCGUCGGCGUGACAAGAUUGCUGCCGGGCGGCCAACAUCGUUUACUUGGCUGCGCAAGUCAUACUCGAAGACUUGGAUCGGCAAGAUCGUUCUUUCCUUACCAGAAGCUCUGCAAGAAUCAGCUUUCAUGUUGAUCCAAUAUUCGUACGCGGUAUUUACCAUGCUUCCUUGCCCUCUCUGGUUCAUGAGCAAAUAUGCGUCAGCGGCUUUCCUCUCGGUUGUCUUCACCUGGAGCGUGUACAACGGAGCAACUUACUACAUCGACGUCUUUGGAACGCGCUUCCAGAAGGAGCUCGAGGCGCUGAGGGCUGAGGUCAAGCAGUGGCAGAACACACCCGAGAUGAGCGGCCAGUCGCCCCUGAUGACGCCAAACCCCGAGGGAUCCGCGCCGAGCGAGCUGCACCUCACGAACAGCCAGGACGCAGCAGGUGGCAAUCUCAACUCUGUCUUCAAGCAAGAGAACACGCUGGUGGAAGAGAGCAUAAAAGCCGGGGCGCAAUCUGACCGGAUAUCGCUGCUGAGCGAAGAGCUUUCGGCUCAGGGGGUGGCCAGUGGGAUUGAUGGGGGUGCUAGAGAUGUUGCCAAAGAGAGGAAGGCAGGCUCUCAUUGA